AAGAAAGGACACAAAUCCUUUGGCUCUGUCUUUGGCUUCCCGGCAAGGGAAAUCACACCUCUCUCAACUCCCGAGGAGCCAAACGCAUCAAGAAGCAAAGGGAGUGAUCUCAUCAUGCGGAAACGACGCGCAGUGGUUGUCGGCAGAUGCCAAACGAAGAGCAACAACGGUAAAGAUCCAGUUGUAUCCACGCGUCGCAAAAAGCCAAGAAUCCCAGCAACCCCAAAGGCAACGCGAGCAGCAGCAGCCAACAAUAAGUGUUCCGACGACACUCUCUUUCUCAACUGUCUGGAUCUUGUCUUGGAGGCGGGAUACCUGCCUUUGAGCGACCUGGCCAAAAUGAUGACCGUCAGCAAGAUUGUAUCGGCAUCCGUUGAGGACUCCCACGGGGCAUGGACGCCCUUUCUGGUGGUAGAUCCCAAUAAUGGCAGAAUGGACAAGCUGGGUUUGGCGCCGCCUUUUGGGUAUUUUUCCAAAAACAACAACGUGUGCCAUGGCAAUACUGCCGUCACACGCUUGCAUCUUCCUCCACGUCCACGGGGUCCACAGCGUGAUACCUUUUCGUACUAUCCCCAUGACAGUGAAAAUCCAGAAACGGUCCAAGGAUUGGUUCUGGCUAGGCAAACAAUUUCUGGAAAUGACAGUAGCUUGUAUCGCUUUGACAAGAACACGGGUGCUCUGGAAGAUGCCUUUUGUCCUGCUGCCGAAGAUCCACACUCUCCUUUAUUCCGAACCACAAUCUACAUUCGGCGGGAACUCCCCAUCACUUGUCGCAAAUGUAGAGUUACUUGUAGAUCCUAUUCCACAUUGGUGGAACAUUGUAUGAGUUACAAACAUCAACAGGCCGUGGUCCCCAAGGAGGCUCGCAUUCCCAAGCACUUUUGGGAUCCUCGAAAUCAGACAAAGUUUGUUCAGAUGACACCCUAUCAACGAGUCAAGGCGUGCCUCCAAUACAAGCAAAGAGUUAUUCAAAAGCUUCUACUCAUGGAUGAGGCGGGCAUUCGAAAGAUGCGAGAGUACACUCGGCAUUUUCGCACAGACAUGACGACGAGAGCUCGGGAAGCUUGCACAGCAGAACGAGUCAAAGAGUUCAUGGUCCAUUACGCCAUUCGAGACUUUUCGGAACAUGGCAUGGCGUUGCAUGGAGAUUGCCGCAGUAUUAUCAGUCAAGGUUGGGGCAAGUUUCAAUUUCAAGACCUUGCUGGAUAUCGGCAAGUGUUUCGUCAUUUGAACCGUCGGGUAACAUCUGGACGCCGUGCUCGUGAGGGACCAUGGGAUAUCACAAACGCCGGGUACCAUUGAGGCAUGAUGUAGGCAGUGGCGACAAUGGUGGAGUCGCAAAACUAUCUGGAGUGAGGGCCACAUAUAAGCCGAGGCGCUCCCUUGGAUGGGUCAUUCUCUAGCAAGUGUUAAGUGUUUUGUCAUGAGGAUGAGGCCAUCUAAUGCCAAAGAAGGUUGCAUUCAAAUUGUUUCAAAUGCAAUUCAAUACUCGUUCUAAAUAAACAUAUAAGUUCAUAUCCGAUUAGCAGUUC